GAAAUAAUUGUUUUGUUAGCACAUCUAUAUUACACAAAUAGUCAUGACUCACUCACCGGACCGAACUGUCUUUCAACUUACUUAUUACUCGCUAUCACCACAAUCCUAGAGACUGAACCGAUACAUACAAAGACCAAUUCAACUCUCUUAUUAAAGUUGAACUCGACGUCUAUGAGUUAACCUAUUCGAAGUUCAAGUGGUUCUGGAGCACAAUUCAAUGCACAAACCUCGAUACCCCAGCCUAGCUUAUAUGUUUUCCUCGCAGAAAAAGAAACCCUACACCCUUCAAUAUCUUUCCGCAUUGUUAGGACCACAUUCAUUUGCAUUUCAAUCAUAUUUGCAUCUUUGCUUCUAAAACCACAAAAAACGGCCCCUUCUCGGACAAAGAAGCAUCUAUGGAAGUAUUCCAUGAUGCUUGUUAAUACGAGGACCAAAUAACUAAAAGGUUCAUCUCGCGUUGUGGAAUCUUUGAAAAUGAAAUAAUGAUUUCUCAAAGCUCUUGGCGAUGAUGUCUGCUUGAACGUGCUCACGAAAAGUUCAAAAGCAAGCGCCUCUUAGAAAGUAACAUUUGUGGAGCUUUCAGUAAAAAAGUGAUGGAAGUUGACUUAUCUAUUUACUCGUUUUGGCGCCUUAAGUCUGAAACUUUGAAAUGAUUGCGAUUUUGGAUUUUGCUUGUCAUAAAACCCACGAGAGGCGGGGUUUCGUCACGUGAUCGACAGAUGACAAUAUUUGCCUUUCAGCUGUUUGUUUCCUUGUCCAAUCACAGAGCAGAGAGUUUCUGGCGACGACACGACGCUCAGUUAAAAGGUCUCCUUAAUUGAUUGUUUGCCAUGGCUAGAAUUCACUUAUUACUUGACCGUUUUGCCUUUUACAUGCUGGUCAGUUUGUCAGUGAGCGGGCUGGCUGAAACAUUACUCCAUUGCUCAGCUGUUUGUUACCCGGUCGUGUGGUAACGCUCCACUACUCACAACUACUUACUAGCUCUGGGUUAGAUAACCUCGAGUACCAAUGUCUUCAGUCACAGCAAAGAGAACUCUAUUGAGUACAAAGGCCAAGGCUUUUUCUAUCGCCUCACUGGUCGAACAAGGGAACGAAGCUGAGUGCGGACAAGUUGAUGACAACAUGGUUAAGGAACCCUCUGAAGAAGGCGCCCCGUGCACUUCGUCGAGCAAGAAGCGGAAAUUACUCAACUACGAAGCCGUAGAAGAGAAAAGAAAGCCCCAGGCCAUCCUAGAGGGAAGAGAGCUAUGGGAAUGCUUCUAUCGCUUGGGCACAGAAAUGAUUAUAACCAAGAGCGGAAGGCGCAUGUUCCCGCCCUUGAGGGUGUCAUUUACUGGGUUAGACCCCAAUCAGACAUACGCUGUCGUGCUGGAUGUCGUGCCUUUGGACAACAAGCGUCAUCGCUACUCCUAUACCGACUCUGCUUGGUUCGUGGCGGGCGAAGCUGACCCCACCCCACCACGGAGAGUAUACACACAUCCUGAGUCCCCCUUCACUGGGGAGGAAUUAGCAAGACAGGUGUUGUCGUUUGAGAGAGUAAAACUUACUAACAACCCUAAAGACUCGAACGGAAAUAUAAUCCUCAACUCAAUGCACAAGUACCAGCCACGUGUACACCUCAUUAAGAACCCGUCCGAAGAUGAACAAGAUUUAGACAAGUCUGAUUCCUUUAUAUUCCCAGAGACAGCGUUCAUGGCAGUAACAGCCUAUCAGAACCACUUGAUCACACGAUUAAAGAUUUAUAGCAAUCCAUUUGCUAAAGGAUUCCGCGACACGACAAGGCUCCUACCAAGCUUUGAAGAGGAUGGAUAUGUUAUUCAAAGUGAUGACUUCAGUAGGUGCUGUGAUAUGAGAGAGAGUAUGUGUUGUCAUCUCUCGGGACAACUAAGUUGUUACCCACAUGACACGCGAGAUACCACAGAUCAUCGCAUUUUUUCAUCUCAAGAUACUAGAUGGGCUUGCACGGAUGAUUGUUGUCACGGAGCAGAGUAUCCAUGGAGACCAGCCCAUGGUUACGCGCGCUCUGUUGAUUUUUAUUCAAGUGAUGGACCUCCGUGCGCGCUAAUGAACUGUUCUAGUGCUUUAGCAGAAGAAAGGUUACGAGAUUACUGAGGGGAACUGGGGCGGGUAAUUUAUUUAAAUGAAAACUUAUGACGCAAGAUGUUAGUAAAUAUUAAUGGAGCGGUCAUUGCUUUGAGGAGGAGAUCUAGGACGAUUAAUCUGAGUUAACACAUUAAAAUCUCUCCCGACAUCUCCGUCAAUCUAGCAAUAACUCCCUCCCCUCACCCCCAAAAAACUUAGUUAUCGAAGAGAAAAGAAAAGACGAUUUACCAAUAACUUACUGCUAAAUGAUUCCGAACUCCAAUUAAAUCGCAAAGUAAUUCUCGUUCCCUACCCCACAACGCAAAGUAGUGACCUGUCCUUUAUAAGUUAUAUAUAGAUAUAAAACAUAUAGCCAUUUAAAUUGUCAAAGUGUGGGAAUUAGUGAAAAAUCCACUGAAGCCAUCAGUGAAAAUUCUUGCUACUUUUACUGGAUAAUUAUAUUUGAAUGAUUUAUCAGUAGCGAACGAUGACUUAUUUGCUGCUGUCAAAUGGCAGAGGCAACAGACUGAUUGCUUGGUACUGGUUAGGCAUGAUAUUUUGCGAGAAUCCCAGUUAAAUAUUGUUUUAUCAUCCGACAUUGAUUUGUUUUCCUUAGAAAUAUUUGAACCGCGAUGUUAAGAUGAAUAAAUGGUUGUUAAGACAACUAAGGCACAUGCUUAAACUUUCAUGUCAAACAACCCAACACGAGUGUUCUGUAGUGCGCAUGCUCGUCAAACAGUCAAACAGGACUUUUGUAAACUGCGCAUGUUCAAACCAAUACCUGCGCGCAAUACGCAUGCGUAAUAGUUUUCUGUCGAAUGAUAAAACUAGGUAUCUUCGUAAGAGACUUGCAAGUCGGGGGUAGGUUCGGGAGGAUUAACUCGUGUAAAUCUGGAAACUCCCCCGACUAUAUGACUCCUGUCUUGUAAAUCACCUACACAGGAAACCCACUCGAAGGCAUAGAUCUUCUUAGCGUGACUUGCUCGCAGCUUAUCAAGAUCAUUCGGUACUAGUUAUACUAAUAAAUCAUGAUAAACCUA